AUGAAAAAGGGUGAUAACUACGAUACAGCAGUGCUCGUUUUUGUAAUGUUCACUGUAUUGGUUAACCAUGUCUUCACGGCUACGUACGGAGGUGCCUUCCGCUUCGCCGUUCUGCGUAACUGGAGUGUUAUCAUAUUUUACGCCUGUUUCAUGGUUCUAACUUUUGCUCUACUCUGGGUUGAUCCUUGUGAUCUGUCCUGCGUCUACCGUGUCAGUUGUGACAGCGGCUCGUCACUCGCUACGGGAUCGAUACCGUUUGUCAGCCAAUUCUCAGUUGGAAACAUUGGUGGAUGCUUCCUGGGUCCUCAAGUACAUCGCUAUCAGCAGCUAGGAUACGCAAAUUGGGUUCCAUCACCAGAACAUAGCUGUCUACCGCCUCAAGAAGCAUUGGCGACCUUGCCCUAUGACAGCCCGGAAAUAUCGGCUCUCGGUUACGAUGGGCCAAAUAACGCCUUUUCAACUGUCUAUAGAAUUUUCUUGACGGUACUACUCGCCGUAACGGUCUUGCUGAUGCACCUAUUCGUGAAAGUGGGGCUUUUAGGACCCGGUGCUGCCUUCUUCCGUUCAAGGGCUCGUCUCGCCAAGACCUAG